AGAUAUAUCUGGAAAUUGACUCACUGGUGUCAUUCCAUAUUCUCUAGGAGACUGCAAAGCAUUAGAACAUCUAAAUCUCUCCCACAACGCCUUUGUAGGUCCAAUACCAAAUUCACUAUCCAAAUUAAAAAAUCUCCAAGAAAUGGAUCUUUCUUUCAAUAAUUUUUCAGGGCAGAUUCCAGAAGCAGGUUUAUUUCCAAAUAGAACUGUUGCAACACUGUUAAUGGGGAAUCCUGGCCUAUGUAGCCCGAAAAAAUAUUCAUUGUCUUCAUGCCCAAAUCAAACUGAGGAAAAACAGUCCCUGCUCAAAAAAAUAGUCUUAUCAGUUGUUGGAACCAUUGUAUUUGUAUUAUGCUGCUUCAUUAUAGGAAUUGUUUGCAGGCAUAAACAUUCAGGGCAACUAACCCGUCCCUCAAGCUUUAUUUUCCGAAGGCUCAACUAUCAAAAAUUUCCUUAUCAAGAUCUUGUCAUUGCCACGUCUGGAUUUGAUGAGUCAAACUUGCUAGGAGUGGGCAACUUCGGAUCUGUCUACAAAGGCAUCUUGAAGGAUGGUAGGGUAAUUGCCAUCAAGACUCUUAAUUUGCAAAAUGAAGAAGCUCUUAAGAGUUUUAAGAGAGAGUGCAAAUUGUUAGGGAGAAUUCGGCACCAUAACCUCAUCAGAAUCAUAAGUGCAUUUUUCUACGCUGAUUUGAAAGGUUUGGUUCUUGAAUUUGCUUGUAAUGGGAGCUUGGAGAAACAUUUGCACCCUGACAGAGAUGAUCAGGGCUUUUAUAAAUUGGGAUUGAGAGAGUGUGUGAACAUUGCUGUAGAUGUAGCACAUGGCAUGGAAUAUUUACAUCAUGAUUGUCCUCUACAAAUUGUGCACUGUGAUUUAAAACCUAGCAAUGUGCUCUUGGAUGCCAACAUGACAGCCCUUGUGACUGAUUUUGGCAUAUCUCGUUUAACUACUACAAAUUCCAUAGACUCAGUGAGUACAACAACAUUUGCACUCAAAGGAUCCAUUGGAUAUAUUGCUCCAGAGUAUGGGUUGGGUGGGAGUGUUUCUACAAAGGGAGAUGUUUACAGUUAUGGGAUUCUGAUAUUAGAGAUGGUUACAAGGAAGAGGCCAAGUGAUGACAUAUUUGUGGGAGACAUGAAUUUGCAAAAGUGGGCGAGGUUGGCUUUUCCAGAAAGAUUGGCAGAUAUUGUAGAUAGUGAGCUAUUGAAAGAUGUGAAUGAAAACACGGAAGACAAUAGAUGUCUUCUUUUUUUUAUUCAUGUUGGUUUGCUUUGUACCGCUGAAUCACCAAGAGAGCGACCUUCCAUAAGAGAUGUAGCCAAUGUCUUGGAAAACCUCAAGACGUCUUUCAUGGGAGCUACAGCUGCUUCUAAUUUGACAUCUACCAUAUCAGACCUCCUGCGGAAUACCAAUCCCACAGAAGCAUUGGCAUCUGAUAGUCAAAGUUCUACAUUUUAGAUGUUUAUAACUCCGAUUAAGAAGUUUUAGUCCUUUAUGUUUUUACUUUCAAGUUUUACUUCCAUCACAAGCUAGUUUUCUUUCCUGUCAAAUCCAGAUGGAGUUAUGUUCUAGUUCUUUGAGCUUGUAAAAUGUUCCAAUUCAUGUGUUUGCACUUUGAGAAAUUGUGAUGUUGUCAAUACAAACUUAUUGGAACAAUGCAAACUGUGUAACACGUCCUAUUUAUACUUUAUUCUCCAAAUAUACUUUAUUCUCCAAGCUCCAAAACAUGAACAAAGAAAAGCUAAAUUAUUAUUGCAGUCGUGUAAUGUUUGUGGGCAGUGGAAGAUGUAAUGUAAUAUUCUUAGUUGUUUCUGAGUUCAGUACAGAAGGAACUCCCAGACUGUAAAAACAUCCCAGCUUAAAGAGCGCAAACUAAGUCCUUUGGUUCUGUGAGUUUGCUUUCCAUUAUUAAUAAAUGAAUGGGAGCUUUGGAAUAGGAUAUGGGCAUCCAUCAAAGCAUUCAGAAAGGGGAAUUUUUAUCAGAUGUUAUAGUUGUAAGUGCUCUAAUAGACAUGUAUGUAAA